AUGGAGCAACAACGCGUCCUCGGAGCCAAGAUCAACAGUCCCCAAAGCAAACUGGGAGCGGGGCCAGGCGCAGCGGAGCCUCCCGGCGAGCCCCCCGCUCCAGAGGGGGCUUCGCACCCCCGGGCUGGGCUCGCCUUUGGCUCUGCGAGCCUGUGGGCGGGCUGCGCUCACUCGCGCUCUGGUGUUGCCUCUCCUCAGGCUGCCGAGUCGCUGCUCCGUCCCGGCGCGGUGCUGUCCUGUGUGGUUGUGCCGGUGAGGGGCAGGAGGAGGCGCCCGCCGGUGCCCGAGUGGGCCCGGGAGCUGAGCCCUGAGGAGAGGGAGAAGCGGCUCAAAUCCUCGGCUCCCGUCUUCCCGGACGAGCGCAUAGAGCGCACAUUCUUCUUGGCUUGCACGGCUGAAAUCAUGGAUCCCUACGUCCCUCCCGAGGGCGAUGCCCGCCUGACCUCGCUGUCCAAGGACGGGGUGAAGCAGCAGAUGCAGAAGCUGAAGCAAACUGCGGCGUCCCAGCUGGCGUACGUACCCCUCAUUAGCUAAUUACCUCAAUUAGCUCAGGAAUUUGUGGGAAACCUCUUUUCUUUCCUUUGCAGCUUUAACAAGCAGAAGCUUCACUCCCUGGUGACUGAGCGCUGCUACCCUGACAUGGUGCGUGGCAACAGGUACAAAACCAUCCGCUGGAGGUUCGUGGAGUCCCUGGAGCCCCCCAGGGUGGUGCACGUGCGCUGUGAGGGCAUCAUGAACCGGGGCAACCUCUACGGGCAGGUGACAGUGAGGAUGCACAGCCGCCAGAUUUUGGCCAUCUACGACCGCUUCGGGCGGCUCAUGUACGGUGGGGAGGAGAUUCCCAAGGAUGUUCUGGAAUAUGUUGUGUUUGAGAGGUACCUGGUGAACCCCUAUGGCACGUGGAGGAUGCACGGGAAGAUUGUCCCAGACUGGGCUCCACCCAAGGAUCCCAUCAUUAAGACUGUGAUGAUUCCUGGCCCAGCCCCGGAUCCCUCAGAGGAGCAUGAAAAAGUGAAGUAGAAAGUUCUGGAACGUGCACAGGGACAGCAAACAGGCCGGGAGGGACGUUUGGGAACGUGUUGGAUGUGGCUGUGCCUUCCCUGGGAGCAAAUUUGGGAAUGGGCUGCAGCCACUCCAAAUUUCAAGGAGCCAGAGGGGUUGGGAGGGGGAUCUGGAGGAGCUCUGGAAGAGCUUGGCUCUGCUGCAGCCUCACCCUCGCUGGGUUUCCCUGAGGAUGAGGAGCAUCCAUGGGCCACCCUGUGUCCUGGAAUUCCGUGGGAGAGCCCUUGGAAUAUUUGUCACCUCCGUGGGAGGUGUCACAGACCUGCUGGUCAGUCAUUAAAACUUCACCAGUGGCUUUUAGCACAGUUUGGUUUUUUUUUUUCCCCAUCUCUCUUUACUGAUUCCCAAACUCCUAUUUUUUAGCAGAAACCAGGAAGAGUUUAAAUCAAGUUCCAUGGUGAGGGGGGGUGCUGCCAUUGGAGUCUCCCAGAGGAGCUGCAGCACAGCUGAUAAUUGGAUUUAAUUUCACUUUUGGUUCCUCACAAAGGGCUGGGGUUGGUGGCAGAGCUCGUGCUCUGGCACCAUCCUGUGGACACGGUGACAUCUGCAGCAGUCCCUGCUUUUCCAGGAUGCCUGGGUUGGGAAAACACUUUUUUUU